AUGAAAAGCUCGGUCAUCAGGGAGAUGCUCGGAGAAGAUCCGCUGGUUGUCGGCAUCGAGAGAAACCAGAUAAGCUUUGGUCAGACCGUCAUGGCCCCUGCCAACUCCCUAUGCACUUGGCUCCUUGGCCCCUCCCACAGGUGGCCCGGCCACCAGACACUGGCCUUUGAGCCCCACCUCCAGAUCUGGCUUCAGAGGGGGGCCCCGGAGCUACAGCCGCAGACAGAAUGCCUGCGAUGUGGGAGCUUACUGGAAUGGUCAGAGGAACACCGGGUCCUCCGGGAUUGUUCAUGCUGUUCUAUAGAUGAUCACAUACUGCAGAAUGUUAGUAUUGACCAGAAGAGAAGCAGAAUCCUUUGGGCAGCUGGAAAUGUUGGGGACAUUGACUUCAUUGGCACCUCCAAGACUAAAGGAAAGUUCAUGAGGGUGCAGAGCAAUACCGACCCCGCGUAUGUCUUCCAGAUGCUGACAGAGGAGUGGGGACUAGCUCCUCCGCAUCUUGUAGUUUCACUUGUGGGAGGGGAUGAGCUUGCUCAGAUGAAGCCUUGGCUUAGGGACAUCCUCAGAAAAGGUCUUGUGAAAGCUGCACAAAGCACAGGGGCAUGGAUUUUAACCAAUGGCCUUCGAUUUGGCAUCACCAAGCACUUGGGUCAAGCUGUACGUGAUCACUCCUUGGCUAGCACUUCUGCAAAUGUUCGUGUGGUGGCCAUUGGCAUCGCACCAUGGAACAUGAUCCACAACCGAGAAGCACUACUCCGCACCAAGUUCGGUGUGCCAGCAGUAUACAAGCCACAAGACUUGCCCCAUGGGUCAGUUUAUUCUCUGGACAGCCACCACUCCCACUUUGUACUUGUGGAAGAAGAUCCAAACAGACCCGAAGCCACCAGCGAAAUAAGAGUGAAGCUGCUCAAAUACAUCUCUCUUCAGCGCACUGGCUAUGGGGGUGCAGGAAGUUUUGAGAUACCUGUUCUAUGUCUAUUGGUCCAUGGUGAACCACAAAUACUUAAGCGGAUGUAUAAAGGCAUUGGCAAUGCAACACCAUGGCUUAUUCUAGCAGGCUCAGGAGGAGUGGCUGACAUCCUCGUCACUCUCAUGAAUAGUGGCUGCUGGGAUACAGACAGUGUUCAUGAGCUGUUGCUGGACACCUUUCCAAACGCCUACCACAGCACGGACAUAAGAAACUGGGUCAAGCUGAUUCAGAAAAUACUGGAUCAUGGACAUCUACUCACUGUCCAUGACCCUGAAACUGAGAGCUCUGAGCUGGACACAGUCAUUCUCAAGGCUCUUGUCAAAGCUUGUAAGAGCCAAAGUCAGGAAGCCCAAGAUUUUCUUGAUGAAUUGAAGCUGGCUGUUGCCUGGAACCGAGUGGACAUUGCCAAAAGUGAAAUCUUCAAUGGAGAUGUUGAAUGGAAGGCGUGCGACCUUGAAGAGAUGAUGAUGGAUGCACUUGUCAAUGACAAACCAGACUUUGUACGUCUAUUUGUCGACAAUGGUGUUAACCUGGGCGAGUUCCUCACCUAUGGACGUCUACAAGAGCUUUACUGGUCCGUUUCAGAGAAGAGCCUCUUGCAUAACCUACUUCUGAAAAAAUAUGAGGAAAAGCAACGUCUACUUGGUACUGCAAGGACACCCGGGCCUCCUGGGCAGCACACGUCCGAGCAGGGCGAGCGGAAGCCCCGUUUUACUCUUUAUGAGGUGGCCAAAGUUCUCAAAAACUUUCUUCAUGACUCCUGCAAAGGCUUUUACCAAAGGAUUCCCACAGAGAAGCCAGCAAAAGGUCGACUGUUCCACAGCCAGAAGAACCUGGCUGAAUUGGAAGAACGUUGCCAACAUCCUUGGAGGGACCUUUUCCUCUGGGCUGUUCUUCAGAAUCGACAGCAGAUGGCUAACUACUUUUGGGCCAUGGGCCCUGAGGCAGUUGCUGCGGCAUUGGCAGGAUGCAAGAUUCUGAAAGAGAUGGCAAGACUUGAAUCUGAGGCUGAGUCUGCCCGUAGCAUGAAGGAGGCCAAGUACGAACAGUUUGCCCUUGAUGUUUUUGGAGAGUGUUACUCCAACUGUGAAGACAGGGCUUAUGCAUUGUUAGUAAGGAGAACACAAUGUUGGAGCAGAUCUACAGUGCUCAACCUGGCAACUGAAGCUGAUGCCAAGUCCUUCUUUGCCCACGAUGGAGUUCAGGCUCUUCUGACAAAGAUUUGGUGGGGAUCAAUGAAAACAGACACAGCCAUCUCUAAGCUUGUCGUGUCUUUCUUCUGUCCACCUCUCAUUUGGACUCACCUUAUAAAGUUCUGUGAUGAGGAGCUAGAUAAAAGGAACAGUGAUGAAGCGUUUGUGGAACUGGACAAUUUGGACACGGAGAAGGUCUUACUCUUAACAGAUGAAGAUGGUCCGUCGGACUCUUCCCCUGGCGCCCCAGCAGAUCAGAGCUGUGCAUCCGUGUGGUGGCGGUUCUUACUCCGUCGCUGGCGUCGCUUCUGGAGUGCCCCUGUCACUGUGUUCCUUGGUAAUGUCAUCAUGUACUUUGCCUUCCUGUUCCUCUUCACCUACGUGCUCCUGCUGGACUUUCUUCCACCGCCUCCCCUUGGUCCUGGAGCUCCUGAGAUAAUGCUCUACUUCUGGGUUUUCACCUUGGUCCUGGAAGAACUUCGUCAGAGCUUCUUUUCAGAUGAAGAGAUGAACAUCUUAAAGAAGUUUAAACUCUAUGUGGAGGAUAACUGGAAUAAGUGUGACAUGGUUGCCAUCUCUCUAUUUGUCGUUGGCGUUUUAUGCAGGAUGGUUGGUGACACUUACGAGGCAGGGAGGACUGUUCUGGCAAUAGACUUCAUGGUAUUCACACUACGGUUGAUCCACAUCUUUGCCAUUCAUAAGCAGUUGGGGCCAAAGAUCAUCAUUGUGGAAAGAAUGAUGAAAGAUGUCUUUUUCUUCCUCUUCUUCCUGAGUGUGUGGCUCAUUGCAUACGGGGUGGCUACUCAAGCUCUUCUCCAUCCUAAUGACCCCCGGAUAGACUGGGUCUUUCGCAGAGCCUUAUAUCGCCCCUAUCUGCACAUUUUUGGCCAGAUUCCUUUAGAAGAAAUAGAUGCUGCUCGGAUGCCUGAAAUAAACUGCACCAACGACUCAGAGGAUAUUAUCAAAGGCCUACAGCCACCAUGUCCUAAUAUCUAUGCCAACUGGCUUGUAAUCCUUCUUCUGGUCAUCUUUCUUCUUGUGACCAAUGUCCUCCUACUCAACCUGCUCAUUGCCAUGUUUAGCUACACAUUCCAGGUUGUACAGGGCAACACUGAUAUUUUCUGGAAGUUCCAAAGGUACAACCUGAUUGUGGAGUAUCACAGCCGCCCAGCACUGGCUCCACCUUUCAUUAUCAUCAGCCACCUCUCUCAGCUUCUCCUUAGCCUUGUCAAACAGCCUGAGUCUAAGCAGGAGCAUCUUGAGCGAGAGCUACCAGCUGGGCUUGACCAGAGACUGAUAACAUGGGAGACUGUACAGAAAGAGAACUACCUGGCCAAACUUGAGCGCCAACACUGGGAGAGCAGCGAGGAGAGACUUAAGAGUACAUCCUCAAAGGUCCAGAGUUUGCUGAGGAUAAUCUGUGGGGUUAAGGACCAAGAGAAACGACUUGUAUCCAUGGAGGCUCAAAUCAGAUACUGCGGCGAGGUGUUGUCCUGGAUGGCAGAGUGCUUUGCUCUAAGCACUCUAAAAUGUGGAAAAGAGGCUCCAACUCCGCCAAGCUGCAAGCUGAGUAAUGGUGCCGAACAAAGUCAACCGAAGAAAGGAACCAAAUGA